AUUACUCAUUUAUACCCACACAGACUCGCACUCACACCAGCAGGGCAGCAAAGGAGCUUCAACAACAGGAACAGCAAUGGGCAGAAAUGGAACAUCCAGUACGGGUCUACACAAGCACUGUGAGAAAUGUUUCAACCAGCACUGUAAAGUCUCUGUGGAAAUCUUCACUUCCUGUGAGGUAAUUUCAUGUCGUCUGCAAUGUGGGGCCACUUUCCAUCUAUGUAAGGAAGAUGAGCACCAUCUCCUCUGUCCUAAGGCAAUGGUACCCUGCCUCAAUGUCCACUACGGAUGCCCUAUGUCCAUGCCCAGGCAUCGUCUUGCACAGCACCUGGAGGUGUGCCCAGCCAGUGUGGUAUGCUGUUCCCUGGAGUGGAACCGAUGGCCGGUCCUUGAGACAGACACCACCUUCUACAGGAAUGCUAUGCAGGAAAAAAACUGCCUGGACCAGCUUGAUCUAGCGAUGGCUGUAAGAGACCAGAAACACCUGUUCAACUCUAUCAAGAUGGACGCACUAUUUCCUGAGCUGACUGAAAUGAUCUUGGAGCCCAUUGUUCAGGAGCCAUUUGGAGCAGUUGGGGGUAUAGGUUCUGAUGCAUUGGAGGCUGGAGUAUUAUACAAAGAUGAAACUGCAGAUGGCCCUGAUGGUCAAGAGAUGCAGGAACUGACAGAGGGAGAGCGUCUGGCCCUGGCUAAGAGCAAGGAUGUGGCCUGUUUGGAGAACUACACCAUAUGGGAAGGAAUGUUCAAAAAGGAGAUGGAAGGAUGCAAGCAAACAGUGAAAAACCUGGAGGACAAAAGUGACAAGAACAAGAAGAAAGAGACCCAAUCUCCAUCUGGGAACAAACAUGCAAUACAGGACCCUCAAGAUGUCCAAGAGUCCAAUAAUUUCGCGCUAGCAGAUCUCGCCAAGACUGGGUUAGCUCCUUGGCAAGACGGUGUUCUAGACAGACUUCGCAAAGAGGUCAACGUGGCCGAAUAUAACAUGUACCUGGUACAUAAUGGCUGCAUGCUAAUCAAUUUUGGCCAGUUGGCAGCUUGCACACCAAAAGAAAAAGACUUUGUUUAUGGCAACCUAGAGCCAAUUGAAGUGCAGACGAUCCAUGCUUUUAAUGUUCCUAAAAGCUUCACAGCCAAACGCACCCAUCUGAAAGAUCCCUCACAUGGAGCCAAGAAGGCUCACCAGAAUGUAGACACAUCCGAUUUGGGAGUGUCUGUAGAAGAGCUUCCAAAAUCUGAUGAAGUUCAGAUCACUUUACUUUGCUGUCUGGAGAAGGAACUGAAAGGCCACCAGAUAUGCGAGACCGUUGGAACAGAUGGCCUCUAUGUGGACCUGGGCACCCAGACCUAUGACUUCCCCUCGGCUCCAUUCAAACCUGACACAACGCUGGCAGACAUUGCUCAGCAUAAAUCCUCUAACCUCAAUGUGCAGAUUCAGACAGAGUGUGUCACAAGGAGACAUAACAAAUCCAGCUCAGCAUUUACUUACCUCUGCUGUCACUCCUUCAGGCGAGAUGAGUUCCCCUGGCACUUCCGAAAUGUGCACGCAGACAUCCAGUCCUGUCUUACAGGCUGGUUCAUCCAGCGAUGCCCACUGGCUUACCUGGGCUGUACCUACAGCCAAAACCAUUUUCGUCCUUCCAAGCAUCAGUCCAUGGUGAGCUAUGACCAGGAUCUGGGAACUUUUGCCCUCCAGCCAAAGGUAGCAGCAUCGCUAUACAAGGGUGUAAAGACUGAAAACAGUGACCGAAAGCGGCCAAGGAACUUGGAUUCACUCAGUCGACUACCUUUUGAGAUACUCCAGCACAUUGCAGGCUUCUUGGAUAGUAUGUCCCUAUGCCAAUUGUCCCUGGUCUCAAGGUUGAUGAGGGAAGUGUGUUGUACUUUACUACAAAAAAAAGGAAUGGUGUCUCUCAAGUGGGAGAAGAAGACUUACUCGCAUGGUGGUUCCUGCUGGAAGGCAAGGAAAAAGGUGUGGCAGUUCAGCAGCCUGUUCUCCCCAGUGGACAAGUGGAUCUUUGAUGACGUGCCCUCUAUGGCUGAGCACCUGAAGGUCUGCCCUUAUUACCAGACUGAGAGCAGGAGUGAGCCUGUGCCUUUAGCCAGCAUAAGUGAGGUCACAGAAAGACUAGAGCAAUCCCACAGCCUGGUCAGCCAGCUCCUUAACACCGGUAAAAGACAUGAAAACUGAUUUCCUGCGAAUUGAUGCUGUUUUAUGGAAUGUCACUAACAUAUUUGGUAAACAUGAGUAUUUGGUGAGUAAGUAUUAAUGAACGUAUUAGAAUUAGAUUUUUUUUGUGACUAUGAUUGAGUGUAUAUUUGAUGUGUUAUAAUAACUUUCAUUUUGUGUUGCUUUGGUUGUGAAGCAAUACAUGCACAUUGGCCACUUUAUUGGAAACCUCUAUCUAGUAGGUUUGCCUUGCUGGUGUACAGUUAGAGACUAUAGCCCAUUUGUUGCCACACUGUUUGCAUAAACCAUACUCUAUCCCAGGGCUGAAGACCUGAAUGCCAGAGCCCAGCACAAUUGAGUGACUCUGAACUUCGAGCAUCCAAAUUGUUCUCAGUGGGGAUGAUAGGAACCAGACGUCCAGCUCUAAAAGCUCUCUCACACAGUUAUUCCAUUAAAUGGUCAUGAAUGCACUGCCUGAUGUCCGGAGACAAUGCCUUAUAAUAGAUUUCAGAUAAGCUUUUGGCCUAAAAAGUAUUUUUUGUAAAUUUAUUCCUGGUGUGGAGAUACAUGCAGGGCAUUUAUAAAGCAAAAUAGUCUCCAAAGAGAACGUAUUUUUUCCAGAUUUGCCACUGACAUAUUACCAUUAACAUUGAAUAUAAACACUCAGAAGACUCAUGUAGAGUUACUGAUGGCUUUGGAUAGUAAAUAAUGUAUAAUUGUGUUGUAGACACUGUGACCCCUGGUUGCUAUCACCACCACUGUUAAUCCAAGUCUACAGUGAACCAGUUCACAACAAACCGUUUACCAACAUCAUAACCACUGAUUCAUGCAGAAAAAUGAGAAAUUGGGGGAGUGUUUCAUUAACAGAUCCAAAAUAUCUUAAUACCCCCACAUUUACCUCUAAAAACUGAGUGACACUGUUUUCCUCAUUUUUGAUAUCCUCCUUUUUUCAUGCCAUUUAUGAAGGCCCGAUUUAUGUUUUUGGCAAUGUGUUGAUUUAUAUAAAAAAUCAAAAGACUGAUUCUAUUUAUAACCACCAUAACCAGGCUAAACAGCUGAAGAUAUACACAGUGGGGUCCACUGGAGUGGUAACAGAAUGCACUGUACACUACUAUUGGAACUGUCUCUAACACCAGACUUAAAUAAAUAUAUCAUUUCAAUUAGGAAUCCUUCACUAAUCCCAAUAAUAUUUCAGGAAUUGCAUGUAAUUGAUAGAUAGACAGACAGACAGACUGGCAGGCAAGGCAAGGUUAUAUAGCAGCUUUCAUUUAGACAGACAAACAUAUUGAACUGUUCUAGCCUCCCAUUCUGACUCCGAGUCUGACGCCUGCUACCAUGUCAGUGUCACAGCUGUGCUGAGAAUGGCUCAGAUAAUAUUUGGUCAACAAUAGUCCUGUGGUCAGUCUGUAAUUGUACACCAAUUGUACCCCUCUAUAUACGGCAGGCCUACCUAAAACAUGAAUGCACUGCCUGAGAAGGACUUCCUUAAAGUGGCCACUAGGUGGCAGUACAAGGUCAGAGUUUCUGGGUGUUCUAAAGUAGAUAGUGAGUGUAGUUUCUAGGCUACUGCAGAAUGCACUGUUUUGGUGACCUCUAGUGGCUAAUACAAGCAGUACAACUGAGUCAUGCCACAUAAACAGUAAUGCAACAACAUGUAGAAUAUUUAGGACUAUGAAUAUUUUCAAAGGUUUUAUCUCAAUAUA